AUGGGCAGCAGAUGGUGGGCAGAAGGCAUGGUCUCGAACCCGAUGACAUUACCAUCUCACCCUAUGACUUCGCCAGCCGAAGCUCCUCACCUCAUAAACCCUAACCCGAACCCAGACGAGGAAAGCCACCGCAAUCCCGAGGCCCAAGAAGACACCCACCGCGAGCCCGCCGAGCCCUCUUCCGGGUCGGGCCCCCGCCGGCCACGCGGCCGACCCUCCGGGUCGAAGAACAAGCCGAAGCCCCCUGUCGUGAUCGCCAAGGAGGCCCCCAACUCCCUCCGCAGCCACCUGCUCGAGAUCCGGGAUGGGGCCGACGUGUCCGGAUGCAUCUCGGCCUUUGCCCGGGCCCGCGGCUGCGGGGUCUCGGUUCUCAGUGGCAGUGGGGCCGUGGCCGACGUAUCCCUGUCCCAGCCGGCGGGUCCUGGCGGCAUGACGAGCCUCCCGGGGAGGUACGAAAUAUUGUCGCUGUCGGGGGCGUUCUUCCCGGAGCCUUCUCCGGCGGGUCCUGCUCGAUUGAUGGUUUACCUGGCGGCGGGGCAGGGCCGGGUGGUGGGGGGUGUGGUGGUGGGCCCGCUCACGGCUGCAGGGCCCGUGAUGGUCAUGGCUGCCACGUUUGGGAAUGCCGUGUAUGAGAAGCUGCCCUUGGAGGAUGAUGAGGAGGGGCUGGGGCCGGGGAAGAGUGAAAAAGUGGGAGACGAGCUGGGGGCGCAGCCCCAUUUCUAUGGGGGCGGGCCGCAGCCUGAUUCGGUGCUUAUGGGAGGUCAGAUGCCGAAUGAUAUGCACUGGGCACCACAGCCGUGCCCGCCUCCAUAUUGA